UAUUGGGUUAUUAUAUGUAUAGGUUGAAGACAAGAUGCCGAUUGCGAGCUUUGGAGUUGUUCAGGAAGCAAAUGAUGAAAUCCGAGGGAUAGCGGAAGCUCUUCAAGAUACUGUGUCAAAUUUCCUUAGCGCUCAAAUAUUCCAAAAUUUUGAUGCUGUUCAAUAUAUCGAGCAGACAAAUAUGAUUCAAGGAAGAAACUUAAUCAUCAAGAUUCACAUCGGUAACAUAGGGAUGACCUACAUCCAUGUGAAGACAUUCAUUUUGCCUCCUGCCAAUCCUCCAAACCCGGCUUUCACUGGCGUCAUGGUGAACCAAGUAUUAGGAACCCCCAUUGAAAACUUCAAUUAGACAUACCAGUGUGGUGAUAAGCUUUAUCGGGGUUUUAUUUAAAAUAACAUUGGAAUAACAAGCUGAUGGUGGUGAAACACGGCUUUCGGACAAAGUGAAUAUCACACCUCGAAAACUGGUUGAUUAAUGACAUAAUUUGUUUUACAUAACUAAAGAGGCUCAAAGUCAUUUAACAUAUAUACGAGUUAUGUGCAUCAUGUGAACUAUUUAGGAACAUAAAUCAAUAUUUGAAUUAUUUUGUCUUAUAGAAUAACCAGCCAGAGAAAUAAAAUUUUAGCCAAUCGAAAUAGAAACUUUAAAGUAUGUAUUAAACCUUGAUAAAUAAAAAUACAGUUGUGAAU